CCAGCCUCAAGACUCGAGUGCUUAAAAUAACGGACUCACAAGAGUGACACUCCCAAUAACCCAUCAAUGAUUCAGAAAAGAAGAGUUUGUGAGAGUCGAUCUAACAAGAAAAUGAGGGAUGUGGAACGAAGAUUAAGCCAGAAGCGAAUGAUUUCAAAGUUUUCGGAAUUUUGGAUAAUAUCUAUAGCCUUGUUUUUCUCUUCUUGUUAGUUUAAUCUUCUAUCUGUCUCUCACACAAGACAAGCAAAUCUGGAUUUGAGAAAAAUCCGAAACAUUUCAGAUACUUUUCUCUCUAUUCAGUCUUUGCUAUAUGAUUGGCUCGCCAUUUGGAUUUGUUCCUCAGAUUUCCACAACCAGAGAUUUAGUGUAAUCUUCUAGUACCUUCUUAGAUUUUGCUCUUGGAUUUUGAUUCCGAAUGUUGGGUGUGAUAUCAAAUGUGAGAUCUCUAUCCCUACAAGUCUGGGGAUCUGUUGUCUGCUUAAAAAUUUGGUCAUGAAAGAGACAAAAACUGUGCAUGAUGUAAAGAAUUAGAUGGAAUAUAACAACGAUGACUCAAGAAGAUCAAAUCCAAAACUGUGACAAUAGUUAUGGUGGUGAUGACAUUGGAGGCAAUUGUAGUAGGCCAUGCAAAAAGCCGAAGCAGAAGAAGAUCCCAAAAAGAGGACUUGGGGUAGCUCAGCUUGAGAAAAUAAGGGUUAAGGAACAGCAAAACAAAGACGAAGCUCCAGCAUCUCCUGCAAUUUUAUCAUCACUAUCUUCCGCAUCAUCAAGCAAAUCUCCCUAUCUGACUCGUUCGAUUCCAAAUUUUCGUCACUAUAAUCAACCCUCCUCUUCUGCAAUCUCAUUUCCUGCGGGGUCGCCUCUUUCACUGCAAAAGGUGGAUGCUAAAGCGUCAAGCACUGUUAUAAUUCCAGGCCAUGGGACUGUAUCAAAGUGUUGGAGCUCCCAUGAGAAUGAUUUUGAGAAGGAGAGCUUUGGUGUUGAACCUGGGUUGGUUUUUCUGCCUCAUGAAUCAAAUUCCAACUCCAUUAGGCCUCUCCCAAAAUGGUUGCAAAGAACACAACCACAUGAACAGCCUUCUUCUUCAAUGGUGAAUGCCUCAUCAGGGACUUCAUCAAUACCUUCACUUCGAUGCUCAAUGGAGCCCCCUUCAAACCAAAACUGCACUGGGCACUGGAUGCCUUUGCAGCCGGAAGAGAAGAUGAAUGGCAUGAAAAGGCCACACUCCUUCUCCCUGGAUGUCCCACCUGCCCCUUUUAGUUUUAGAUUGCCUACCUUCGCUGCUCCUAUGAAAAUGAAUGAAACUCCUUCUCGGAGUGGAAGCGGAUUUAACUAUGCUGCCAAUGCAACUAAUUUCAGAGAAGCCCCUUCCUCUUCGACAUCCAACUUAGAGCCAAAUUCAAAGAGAAGAAAUACAGAAAAUGAGAAUUUCAAUGGAGACUUUCUCACACUGGCUCCUCCAACAUCUACUUCAUUAUGUCCGCCUUCAAACUCCAAGUCUCCUUCAACGUCUAUAAAGUCUCUAUCUUGUCAGGGGAUUAUCGAAGAUCAAAUUACUCAAUUGCCAGGGUUCAGUGGACUCAAUCAAAUGCAGCAACCGUUAUAUAACUUCUUCCCACCAGUUGCAAAAGCCAAGACAACUGCCAGAAUUCAGAAUGGUAAUGAAGUGGGAGAAAAUGUUGAUUUAAAUUUGAAGGAUGAAUCACGAUGGGCAAUGAUAAAGACAAACUUCUGCACGUGGCUCGGGGAGAUACGAGGUAUCUGGCUACAUCCUCCGAACGAAACCUCGCACCCUAUUUCUCCUUUCGCUUUUCUGUCCUUUUACUUAUAUGAAAAUAAAAAAUUCACACGAGCACCAGCGCUCUUUGAAACAUAAGCUUCAUCAUCUCGACCAUAAAUGUCCAUUCAGAUAGAUAAUUUGUUUUUGGGUUAAAAAAAAAAAAAAAACCACGCACACACACGCACACGUCCAUGUACAUGGAGCUUCUCACACCUAACAAGGCUGCAAAUAUAGAGCACUCUCAGGGAACAGCAUGACAACAAAACAUCCCAACGCUGGUAAAAACAAAAAAACAAAAAAAAAAAAACAAAAACAAAAACAAAAACAAAAACAAAAACAAAAACAAAACAAAA